AUGGUUAAAAUGAUUAUUUUUCUUUUUUUCGCACUCGUCAGUUUUGCCGUACGUCCAAGCCAUCAAACAACCAGAUGCGAUGCACCGAUUGUAACGGCUAAAUUUUGUAAUUCACCGACAUCCGUUUCCGUUAUUCCUCAAGUUAUUUCCUCCCCGGUCAUGAGACUCAUCAAAACAGAUUUCAUACCCCGUGGAUCGUGUUGUUCGGACGGACCGGAAUCACCACCAUUACCCGUUUUGCAAGCUCCGAGUGUUACACUUCCGGCAAUCGAAGGACCCAUUGUUGCACUUCCUUCUCCACCAAUACCGGCACCGAGAGUUUUGGCACAGCGAUGCAUAUGUACCAAAACCGUUGUCAAACCUCAAUUGAUACAACGUGAAAUAACCAUACCUAAAAUCAAACGCUUUCUCAAAAGAACCUACACUCCAGUCAUCGAAAACAUCGCAUACAAAACCAGGGCCGUACCCUGUAAACCUUGUUGUGAUUGUUGUAAUAAGUGCUCUAAUUAUCAUUCCAGAGUUUGUUAA